UCUUCUCUCUGCACCAUUUUCUGGAUCUCUCUCUCUUCCCAAAUUCUGGAAGUUACUGUCACUAUCGACUAUAUUCUACUCGAAUCAUCCUUUUCUUGUUCUUCAUCUCUGAUCGUACUGGACUGUGUAUCGGUUCUAGCUUCCGAUGGCGGGAAACGAUUGGAUAAACAGCUAUCUAGAGGCGAUACUCGACGUAGGACAAGGACUCGAUGAGAAGAAGUCAUCCUUGUUGCUUAGAGAGAGAGGAAGGUUCAGCCCGACGAGGUAUUUUGUUGAACAGGUUAUUACUGGCUUCGAUGAGACCGAUCUCUAUAGGUCUUGGGUUAAGGCGGCGGCGACUAGGAGUCCUCAAGAGAGGAAUACUCGAUUGGAGAAUAUGUGUUGGAGAAUUUGGAAUUUGGCUCGCCAAAAAAAGCAGCUUGAAGGAGAGCUAACUCAGAGGAUGAAUAAGCGUCGUUUGGAGCGAGAAAGUGGUCGUAAAGAGGCAACGGCUGAUAUGUCUGAGGAUAUUUCUGAAGGGGAAAAAGGAGAUACGAUUAGUGAAAUGUCUGUUCAUGGUGAAAACAACAGAAGUCGAUUGCGUAGGAUUGAGUCUGUUGAAACAAUGGAGGCAUGGGCUAGUCAGCAGAAAGGAAAGAAGCUGUACAUUGUUUUAGUAAGUCUUCAUGGCCUGAUCCGAGGUGAGAAUAUGGAGCUUGGUCGUGAUUCUGAUACCGGUGGUCAGGUGAAAUAUGUCGUGGAACUUGCAAGAGCUUUGGCUUCAAUGCCCGGGGUUUAUCGAGUUGAUUUAUUAACUAGACAAGUGUCAGCACCAGAUGUAGAUUGGAGUUAUGGCGAACCCACAGAAAUGUUACCUCCAAGAAACUCUGAUGGAAUGAUGAAUGAAACGGGUGAAAGUGGUGGUGCAUAUAUAGUUCGUAUACCAUUUGGUCCUAGAGACAAAUAUAUUCCAAAAGAACUUAUAUGGCCCUAUCUCCCCGAGUUUGUUGAUGGUGCACUUAACCACAUAAUACAGAUGUCUAAAGCUCUAGGUGAGCAGAUCUUUAGUGGGCACCCGGUCUGGCCUGUUGCCAUCCAUGGACAUUAUGCAGACGCUGGUGAUGCUGCAGCUCUUCUGUCUGGCGCUCUAAAUGUACCCAUGCUCUUUACUGGACAUUCUCUCGGGCGUGAUAAGCUUGAACAACUGCUGAGACAAGGUCGUACAUCUAAGGAUGAGAUUAAUGCAACAUAUAAAAUAAUGCGUCGGAUAGAAGCAGAGGAAUUAGCUCUUGAUGCCUCUGAAAUAGUCAUAACCAGCACACGACAGGAAAUAGAGGAGCAAUGGCGUUUGUAUGAUGGGUUUGAUCCUAUAUUACAACGAAAGUUGAGAGCUAGGAUCAAGCGUAAUGUCAGCUGCUACGGAAGGUUUAUGCCCCGGAUGGUUGUCAUACCACCAGGAAUGGAAUUUCACCACAUUGUUCCACAUGAUGGUGAUAUGGACAAUGAAGCAGAAGGAAAUGAAGAGCAUCCUACUACACCUGAUCUACCAAUCUGGAGUGAGAUAAUGCGCUUUUUUAGUAAUCCGCGGAAACCUAUGAUACUUGCCCUUGCUCGACCUGAUCCUAAAAAGAACUUGACCACACUGGUGAAAGCAUUUGGCGAAUGUCGCCCUCUAAGGGAGCUCGCUAAUCUGACCUUGAUUAUGGGUAACAGAGAUGAUCUGGAUGAGAUGUCGGGCACUAAUGCUACUGUUCUGCUCUCAAUUCUCAAACUGAUUGAUAAGCAUGAUCUCUAUGGUCAAGUUGCUUAUCCGAAGCAUCACAAGCAGUCUGAUGUUCCUGACAUCUAUAGGCUUGCAGCAAAGACAAAGGGUGUUUUUAUUAAUCCAGCAAUCAUUGAACCCUUUGGGCUUACUCUGAUUGAGGCUGCAGCUUACGGUCUACCAAUCGUUGCCACAAAAAAUGGAGGUCCCGUCGACAUACAAAGGGUACUUGAUAAUGGUCUUCUUAUCGAUCCUCAUGAUCAGAAGUCUAUUGCUGAUGCUCUUCUGAAGCUGGUUGCAGAUAACCAACUUUGGGCUAAGUGCCGACAAAAUGGUCUAAAGAACAUUCACCUUUUCUCCUGGCCUGAACACUGCAAAGCUUACCUAACCAGAAUAGCAAGUUGCAAAACAAGGCAGCCUAUGUGGCAAAGAAAUAUUGAUGAUGAUGACGACAACUCAGAAUCAGAUUCACCAAAUGAUUCGUUGAGAGAUGUACACGAUAUAUCAUUAAACUUAAGGUUCUCAUUGGAUGCAGAAAAGAAUGAAGGCAUUGGAAAUACAUCUUUUGAUUCUACUAAGUUAGAGAAUGCUGUUUUAGCUUGGUCAAAGGGUGUCUUGAAAAACACUCAAAAAGCUAGUUUGACUGAGAAAGCAGAACAGAACAAUAAUACAGGUAAAUUCCCAGCAAUUCGAAGGAGAAAACAUAUAAUCGUCAUUGCAAUAGACGUAGAUGUCCUGUCGGAUCUAUUUCAACAUGUGAAAAAGAUUUUCGAAGCGCUGGAGAAGGAGAAAAACGAUGGCUUAGUGGGAUUUAUAUUGGCCACUUCUUUUACCAUCAUUGAAAUACAUUCUUCUCUUCUUGACAAUGGACUGAGCCCUUCUGAUUUCGAUGCUUUCAUAUGCAAUAGUGGAAGUGAUCUCUAUUAUUCAUCUCCUACCUCAGAAGAGAAUCCCUUUGUCGUAGACUUGUAUUAUCAUGCACACACUGAGUACCGUUGGGGUGUAGAAGGACUGAGGAGAACUUUGGUUCGAUGGGCACAAAAUUUGUCUGAUAAGAAGACCGAAAAGGGAGGAAGCCUGGUUGUUUCUGAAGAUGAGACAGCUUCGACUGAUUACUGUUACUCUUUCAAAGUGCAUACAUUAGAAAAGGUUCCCCCUGUUAAGGAGGUCCGAAAAUUAAUGAGAAUUCAGGCUCUUCGCUGUCAUCCGGUUUACUGCCAGAAUGGAAACAGGAUUAAUGUAAUUCCUGUCCUGGCUUCUCGAUCUCAAGCUCUCAGGUACUUAUACCUACGAUGGGGUGUGGACUUAUCAAAGAUAGUAGUAUUUGUGGGAGAAAGUGGAGAUACAGAUUACGAACAAUUACUCGGUGGUAUUCACCAAUCUGUAAUUCUAAAGGGGAUAUGCGAAACCGCAAACAAUCUACUUCAUGCUAACAGAACAUACCCGCUAUCGCAUGUUCUUCCUUUGGAUAAUCCCAAGAUUCAAGAAUGUUUAUCUUCUGAUGAUAUAAGGAACAAGUUGGAUAAACUUGGUGUCUUUAAAGGAUGAUGAACUACAACAAGAAUAAUAAAUUCUCAACCCAGGUAUAUUUCUUUCAUUAUGCAAAAAAAUCAUCAACUUUAAUAAUACUUCUGGGUUUUUUUUCUACUUAUUAUUAUAUUUGAACUUUAUUAUUAAAUUUAAUUCUCGUCUGUACUUUCUUUUCUGGGAACUUGUUGACCGUUUUGUCAUAACGGUUUAAAUUUAAAGUCUCUUGUACAGCAACUCCAUAUAUUAUUAUUAUUAUUAUUGUGUACCAUCUACCAUGCAUGAAUACUGUCCUUUUGCAGAACAUUGAUGGUGGGUGGUAAAUCAGUUUUAUUAUAUUAUAUUAAAAUUAUUAUUUU